AUGUCUUCCACCGGCUCCUCUUCUUAUAAGUAUAUGUUAUACUUUGUCGGUAUACUUCUACUAACCCAUUCAGGAUAUUCAGCAUUUGAAUUCCAUAAAUACGCAAUACACUACACUCAUCACCUUCAUCAAAAUACCCAAGGUAGCAACAUCACUAGCCAGUCCGUAUCUUUACCAUUGGACAUAUACAUUGAAGCUGUUGUCGGAUUCAUUGUAGUCAUGGUUGGCGCACUAGUAUCAAUUGAAAACCCAGUCCAUAUAUCAGUGAAAGAUAAUGAUAAGGUGGUUUUUGAGGAGCUGAAAUAUUUGAGACCAAUUGAGAUGAAAGAUAGUUUGAAAUUGGGGGAUGCUGUUGGUAUAAAUGCAUUUGAGGAAUUGCAACUGAGAUUACCUUUCAUUGAUAUUGUGGCAAAGAGAAAAGAAUAUGAGAAUUGGGUUAAUGAAGAGAAAUCGAAGUUGGAAUCAUAG